AUAGCAUCUAUAGUCAGCUCUUUUCUGGGACGCAUGUUUUUCAGGAUAAACUCACUUGCCCUGAUCGCUUCUAAUGAUCAAUGGCGAAUCUUAGCAGGAGUCCUUUAAGAUUGACACAACCGCGAAACCCAAAACCAAAUUCCAGUUUCGGUGCUCAUUUUUCAUCUCACAAUUUAAGAGUCCAUUGUGUGUUCAAAAACAAGGGCCAAACUUUCUCCUUCACGAUUUCCUGUAAGCUCAGCAGCACCAGAAAGUAUCAGUGCACACAUGAAAAGAGUGUUCCCGGCAAUAUUAGGCUGCCGGAAUCUGACGGAGCGCCCCCGCUUAUGGAGGUUGGCGACGCCGGAAAUGGCAGCCCUCCAAUGGAUCCACCGCCGGUGAAGAGGAGUAAAGCGGGUGGUUUGGGGCUGUUAAUGAGAUUUCCCAAAAGGGUAGUUUCAGUUUUGGCUAAUUUGUCCCUGGCUUUAGCUGAGAUGUUUACCCUUGCUUCCUUAAUGGCCCUAGGUAUUUUAUUAUUUUCAUUGAUGGUUUGGUUUAUUUCCAGAUUUCUCUUGCAGGAGAUGAAGUUUAUAUAUAGGAAUCUAAAUUUAUAUAUUAGCUUUUGUAUCUAUAUUCUCGGGGACGGAUCGUAGUUGUUAACAUUUGAAGAGAAACAGUCUAAGACCUUAUAUGUUGGCGUGUUGUCGUCUAUUAAUGUAGGAUGAUUUAACAUAAAUUUUGUUGUGAAUGCCACUGUUUGGUUUUACAUUUGUAUUGUUUAGGAACACUGAUUGAACAAGGAGAGGCUCCCAAUUUCUAUAUUCACAAGUUCCCCGAAGAUCAUCCGAUGUUUGGGUUCUUCACUUGGAGAUGGGUUCUCACACUUGGAUUCGAUCACAUGUUUUCAUCUCCCAUAUUCUUAGGAACAUCUGCUCUUCUAGGAGCAUCACUGAUGGCCUGCACUUACACAACACAAAUACCAUUAGUUAAAGUAGCAAGAAGGUGGUCGUUCUUACACUCGGCUCGGGCAAUUCGUAUGCGUGACUGUUCAGACACUUUAACUAACGCAUCUUUACAAGAUUUGGGUGUCAUCUUGAUGGGAGCUGGAUAUGAGGUAUUCCUAAAUGGUCCGGCUCUAUAUGCUUUUAAGGGAUUGGCGGGUCGAAUUGCUCCUAUUGGGGUACACUUGGCACUUUUGUUGGUGAUGUCCGGUGGAACUAUUAGUGCCACUGCCAGCUUUAAAGGGUCAGUGAAUGUUCCACAAGGUCUCAACUUUGUAAUUGGUGACGUACUUAAGCCCAUGGGGUUUCUGUCUACUCCUUUAAAAGCAUUCAAUACUGAAAUUCAUGUGAACAGCUUCGACAUGGACUAUUAUGCUAGUGGAGAGGUUUCACAGUAUCAUAGUGAUGUAUCGCUAUACGACCUCAAUGGAGAGGAGGUAAUGAGGAAGAUAAUAAGUGUUAAUCAUCCGUUGAGGUAUGAUGGGGUCACUAUAUACCAAACCGAUUGGAGUAUUUCGGCAUUACAGAUCAUGAAAGAUGGGGAAGGGCCUUUCAAUUUGGCCAUGGCACCUUUAAAGAUCAAUGGAGACAAGAAGCUAUUUGGUACAUUCUUGCCCAUUGGUGAUGUUGAGUCUCCUAAUGUAAAUGGAAUAUCAAUGAUAGCGCGUGAUUUGCAGUCAAUAAUCCUUUACGAUAAAGAAGGGAAAUUUGUUGGAGUCAGACGGCCCAACUCUAAGCUUCCUAUUGAGAUAGACGGGACGAAAAUUGAGAUAGUAGAUGCAAUUGGCACUACUGGGCUUGACCUGAAGACUGAUCCAGGGGUGCCAGUUGUGUAUGCCGGUUUUGGAGCAUUAAUGCUUACAACAUGCAUCAGUUACUUGUCACAUGAUCAGAUAUGGGCCUUACAAGACGGAACGGCGGUGGUGGUGGGGGGAAAGACAAACAGGGCAAAAGCUGAAUUCCAAAAUGCAAUAAACCGGCUGCUUGAUCAGGUCCCUGAAAUUGAAGAAUCUUCUCCUUCAAAAGAAUCCGGUGAUCCAAGUAGCUAAAUAAGCUCUGAGGCGUUUUACUUGGGAUGGAAUGAUGGAUCAGAGGGAAAUAUAGCAAAGCUGCAAAAAGGAGACAUUGAUUUGCUGGUCUGAGACAGUUGGAACGAGGAAGAAGAAAAGCUCUUCUGCAGAUUGGCACUUGUAAUCCAGGAAGAUGUGAAUUCUCUCUCAUGGGUGGCUUUGAAUUGUAGAGCACAGAUGCAUUUAGGGUAUGUUUGGACUCUGCAUGUUGGAGUACCUAAAAGUGUAAUUAAAAGAUGAGGGGGUCAACAUUAUACGAAGUACAGUGAAGUAUUAAGUUCCAGACUACUAUACUACCACAUUCUAUUGAGUACUCCCUCUCUUUUGUAUAUUUUUUAAUUUGACUUGACAUGAUUUUUAAUAAAGUGAAUGGUGUGUG